GUUUUGAGUGCCUGAACAGUGAACACAGUAUGUUAGAUAACUUUGUCACUUUUGAGUGUAUGAUUACAGAGUUAUAAAAGGAAACAACCCCAGCUAUGUGUGACUGUGAUGAACAAAUAAGAGCGGGCAGAGUAGGAGAGGAGACCGAAGCGCCUCGAAGUGAGUAUGUCUCUUAGGGAUCCUCCGUAUGAACCUCCCUCUGUCUCAGAGCUGCAGGAGUUUCUGCUCGCUGACAGACGACCGACUGGACAUGUCAAUCAAGUCUGGCCUAACCUUUACAUAGGCAAUGAGGUAGCAGCUCGUGACAAGGGCACUCUUCACAGUCUGGGCAUUACUCACAUUGUAAAUGCUGCUCAUGGAUCCCCCAACCCAGGCCAUGGGCUCUAUUUCUACGUCAACACUGGCCCGCGCUUCUACAGAGACAUGGCAGUGGAUUAUUAUGGUGUUGAAGCUGAUGAUGCAAUGGACUUCAUCCUCAGUCCGUUCUUCUAUCCAACAGCAAGAUACAUCAGAGCUGCACUGGCCAUGGGAGGACGGGUGUUUGUACACUGUUUGAUGGGUGUGAGCCGAUCUGCAACCUUGGUGCUGGCCUUUUUGAUGAUUGUUGAGGGCCUGAGGCUGCAGGAGGCAGUAGCCGCCGUCAGGCCGCACAGAGACAUCUGCCCAAACCCAGGCUUCCUGCAGCAGCUCCGCAGCCUCGACAUGAGCCUGGAGAGAGAGAGGAGGAGACGAAGACAGGCCCAAACACUAAGUCACUUAGCCCAGCAGGAAGAAACGGCAUCACUGACAGAGCUGAGGAACAUCCUUUGGACAAACAGGAAGCCGGUGGCACCCGUCAAUCAAGUCUGGCCAAACCUCUACAUUGGAGAUGAUUUGUAUGCCGUGUGUGUAUGCAGGUCUGUGGCACGAGAUAAAAUCACACUUUCAUCUCUGGGUAUAACUCACAUACUAAACGCUGCAGCAGGACGACACCGCAUCAACACAGGCCUGCAGUUCUACAGAGAUCUCAAAGUGGAAUACCAUGCUGUUGAAGCUGCAGACCACCCAGAGUUCAACCUCCAGCCUUUCUUCAGAUCAGCCGCACAAUUCAUUGACAAUGCGCUGAAGAAAAAUGGGAAGGUGUUUGUUCACUGUGCCAUGGGUGUCAGCCGCUCUGGAGCGCUGGUUUUGGCGUACCUGAUGAUCUGCCAGGGCCUGUCGUUAGUGGAGGCCAUCACUGCUGUGCGUCUGAAUCGAGACAUUGGACCCAACUCUGGUUUUUUGGAGCAGCUGAGGCAGCUGGAGCUGAGCCUGAAUACACAGAGCAGACAGAUCCCAGAGGAGGACUGUACCAACACAUCCUGAUAAUGAACACACUCAGGAACGUUUCAUUCCUCCCUUGAUUGGCAACCUGUGUUAUUUUAAUUAGUUUCUAUCAAAAUAAUUAAAACUUUAAAAAAGG